AUGUUGCUGAAGAACCGCAAUGAUGAUGGGCAUGGCGGCGAGUACCAUUACGCGAAAGUCAUUGCCAUACACCAUGUCAACGUUGUUCGCCUUGCAAACAUGUACAAAUCUCGCUGGAUCGAAUUUCUCUUUGUUCGGUGGUACGAAUCUGUGCAAGAUCAUGCAUGGGACACCCAUACUUUGGGCUGUAUUCGCUUCCGGCCUCUGGCAAACCCGAACACAUUUGGUUUCGUGGACCCAGGAGUUGUCCUCAGGGCAUGUCAUAUUGUGCCGGCUUUUUCUCGAGGCCUGCGCAAUCCGGGUGAAUGUGGCAUUUCCCCGUUGGCAGGAGACAAGCAUGAUUGGCCCAAAUAUUAUGUUAACAGCUUUGUUGAUCGUGAUACUCUCAUGCGCUUCCAUUAUGGACUUGGGGUCGGCCAUGUAUACUCUCAUGAGGUCAAGCCCUGCCCUACUACUCAGACAACAGCGCGGACAGAAAAUGAAUCCUCGGGAAGUGGGGAAACACUCAGGGAAAGCACACACUGUCAUGGUCCUGCUACCGAUGGCGAUGACGAUGAACAGGACGAUGAUGGAAAUUAUGUUGGCGCGGAGGAGCUUGGCACUGGACGAGAUGUUCACAACUAG